UUCUGCCUAUUCCUAUACUGCGGUAGUGGUGCUCUUGCGUAAAAUUUUACCAAUAUUUCGCCCCAAAAUCGAAACUUAAUACUUAGAAAUGUUGAAAUUAGUCGGUCACUCUUUGCACGGGAUUCGUUGACGCCGUGUUAAAUGGUCUGACGUCAAACUGACAGAUGUCAGUUUAAAAUACGUCGGUGAUCUGAGCCUAAAAACUGCUGGCUCAACAGCAAAAUCUGUGACCCUCGCGUAGUUCAGUGAUCGUGACAUAAUAAAUCCUGUGAACGGAUAAAUCCAAGAUUUAUAGUUGUUUACGUUUUAAGAAACUAUUGUCCAAUGAUCUUACGCUAUUCCAAUUUAAUUUUGUUAUUACUUUCCCUGUGUAACAACGGUUUCAUUAUUUAAGUCUCAUAAAAUUCAUAGGUAACUAACUAGAGUUUAACAGACUAUUAUCAGCCAACACGCUGCCAAUGUAUAUUAAUAGAAAUCCUUUCCUCUGCCUCCAUGUACUACAAGUGUGUUGAACUAUAAAGUUAAUCGAUGGAUUAUCUCCAUAUUCUAAAUAUGAAUAUUAACCAAGCGGUAGCGUAGCCGUCGAUAUACCGACCCCUCUUGUAACAGCCAUGCAAUUGAUAUCCAUCCAGGAAAAAUUUAUUAUUCAUUAACACUCGGUGAGGUUUGCCUACAGUUUGUAAAUAGAGACUCUGAUAUGCAGCUUUGUGGCACAGAUGUGGUUACACUAUCUCGCCUCUUCUAGAUUGUAAUCUAAUGCUACAAGUAGCAAGCUUCUCAAACUUAUUAAAUAGUUAUCAUCUAUGACUACAUUUAUCUAUAGUCGGAAGCUUAUUUUGAAGGAACGUUUGCUAGCUUGGUUAUAUGAUUCAUCAUUAUAUCCUAAAAUUAUGAUUUGGAUAUCGUCGAACUUAAGUUACUAGUCAUUGCUAAUCAUGGUCAUCAUUCAAUGGAAUUUAACGUCAAAUCGAUUAGAGAUACCUGAGACUACGCCACAUUUGCCAAAUCCAUAUCUAACAUUUGUAUUUAACUUCUAUUUAACUGACAAACUUGUCGUAGCAUUGGCAUGCUCUCGAGGCACGGAGGAGACAUGAUCCCCACAUUUAUUACGGUAAUGAAUAUAUCAAGUAAUUAGAAGCACUAUGUUUUUUUAUUUUUAUUUUUCAUUUCAAUCAUACAUUUUACCCGAUAACAACAUGAACCUUGAUGGAAAAUUCAAGCAUCAGACGAUACAUGUUAUAAAUAAGUGAAAUAAAUAUGAGGUUAUUUGAAGAUGAGCUUGAAUUUUAGUAAUGAGCUUGUAUCGCGUAACAGGUAUAUUUUACACAGUCAAUAGACGGCGUAACUAAACUUAUUUAUUACCACAAGCAGUGCGCGACAGCUUGACAGUUCUGACGUAUGUACUUAAAACAGAUAUAAUAUUGUUGAUACAAGCGUAAAAGCUUCGGCUCAACAAAGAUGAACAGAUGUACGUAGUAAGGAUAUAGAGGCCCAGGGGCCUAUAGGGGCAAUGCCCCCUGGCGCAGAAGGGGGCUCGGAGGGCCCUUCGUGUUCCCAAGCCCACAAUGGCCAGGAACAUGCGCUGACCAAACCACCACCUUUGUUAUCACCGAUUCAACGAUGCUACAGACACCUCAAGAGUUCAGGAGUUGGAGAAGCCAGCGUCUAUCAUGCCCUGGUAGUUAUAUUCCUAGAGUUCUUUGCCUGGGGUCUUCUCACGAUGCCCAUCAUCGCCGUAUUAAAUGAGACAUUCCCAGACCACACUUUUUUGAUGAACGGUCUCAUAAUGGGUAUCAAAGGAAUAUUAUCCUUCCUCUCUGCUCCGUUGAUCGGAGCAUUAUCAGACGUAUGGGGAAGGAAAUUCUUUCUACUGAUCACAGUCGCUUUUACUUGCGCACCUAUACCAUUGAUGAGUAUAAACACCUGGUGGUUCUUUGCCAUGAUUUCAAUCAGCGGAGUAUUUGCAUGUACCUUCUCUGUCGUAUUUGCGUACGUAGCAGACGUCACCGAAGAAAGUCAACGAUCUCUUGCUUAUGGUCUGGUGUCUGCCACGUUUGCAGCAAGUAUGGUAAUCAGCCCAGCACUGGGCUCAUACGCGAUGGAUGUUUACGGACAAAAUUUGCCCGUUGCUCUAGCUACCGCCAUUGCUAUUCUAGAUGUUUUCUUCAUCUUAGUUGCCGUACCAGAGAGCUUACCAGAAAAAGCUCGUCCACCGGCUCCCAUUUCCUGGGAACAGGCAGAUCCUUUCGCCGCCUUAGGCAAGGUUGGAAAGGAUCACACAAUUUUGAUGCUAUGUGUCACCGUAUUCCUGAGUUAUUUGCCUGAAGCAGGCCAAUAUAGCUGUAUAUUUGUCUAUCUUAAAUUAGCAAUGGGCUUUUCUGCCGCAAUGGUUGCAGUAUUUAUAGCAGUCGUUGGAAUCUUAAGCGUCGGUGCACAAAUAUUGCUUGGGCCUUUAAUGAAGACCCUUGGUAGUAAACACACCAUUAUGUUGGGACUUUUGUUCGAAAUGUUACAGCUGAUGUGGUAUGGAUUUGGUUCACAGACCUGGAUGAUGUGGGCCGCCGGAGUCUUAGCAUCUGUUUCAAGCAUUACAUAUCCUGCAAUUUCAGCAUUUGUAUCGAUGCAUUCUGAUGCAGAUAAACAAGGGCUUGUGCAAGGAAUGGUCACUGGAAUGCGAGGUCUUUGCAAUGGACUUGGACCUGCCAUGUUCGGUGUUAUAUUCUACCUCUUUCACGUCGAUCUCAAUGACGACUCUCUACCUCCUGUAGCCUUGUCUAAGGUAACCCUAAAGCCGCCGCUCUUGGUCGAUAGUAAUAGAACGACAUCGACGAACGCUCAUCUGGUUAUACCACAGCUUGUACCAGGGCCGCCGUUCGUUUUUGGAGCCUUUCUGGUAAUAUGUGCACUUCUUGUGGCAGCAUUUAUUCCAGAAUCAGGUGUGACGACGCUAGGAUCGACGCACUCCUCUGGUUCCCGGAGGCCCUCCGGCCUGUCGCUGGACGUACACUAUGAGACGGAAAGGGUGGGUGGCGGUAGGGGGAAAGUCGGACCCUUGUCACCGCUGGUCGACAAUUCAAAUUCUGCCGCUCUAUAACCAAUCCCAUAUUUUAGACGAGCAGCGUUACAUUAUGAAGAACAUCAAUGAUUAUCUUGGGUGUGUUUCUUUAAUAAAAUUGAAACUCACUCCUCGAUUCAUGUUGUACCCCUCUAUGCAACCCGUUGAAAAAAAAGAAAUAUAUAUAUAUACAUACAUAAAUAUAUAUAUUAGACGAAUGGAAACUUAUCUUCUUUUACUUCUAUUUACUGUUUGCUUAGAAGGGUGACAAUGUUAGUUUCUAUGAAUUUCAUCUAGAACACAUUUGGUUGUGAAAUUCGGUAUAAGCCAAGAAUGUGGUUGAAAAUAGAGUGAUGGAAGCCAAUUAAUUAAACCAUAGAUUAUAGAGAUACGGAUUUUAUCAUCACACUAUUAUGCUCAAUGGCUAUAAGAUAAUAACGUGCAAAGUUGAUGUACGCAGUCUGAUUUCUGUCAAACAAACACAAACAGCCAAUUUAUGUAUGUGUACCUAAUGUAUUUGUCGGCAGAUUUUUUACUGAUCAUUUUUAUCCAAAUGCAUAAUCUCAACUAUGUCUGUUAAAAUAAAAUACUUGCGAUGAUGGGUUUGUUCAUUAACAGGGCAUGUUAUUACUUAUAGUAAUUGUACAAAAUGUCAUAUACUUAUUUGGCAGGAAUACUAGCUGACAUUCAACGCUUAUCCCUGAUGCUAUACGCUUAGCCAUAAAAAGGAGAAACGAAAGAAAAAACACAUUUUUCUUUUCUUUUCUAUUCAGCUUGCCUAAUGUGCAACACUGCAAAAGCAUAAUUGAAAUUGCGAUCAGCAUUUUUUUUAUAAGAUACUAAUUUACAUAUUUAUUUACUACUUAUCAUCUACUCGGUGUUGUUCACUUUAUUUCUUAUUAUCGAGAGCCUCAAUAAACUCAAAACACUGCAUUUUACGUUUGACAUGAAUAACAUGCGGUAGCUAUAUUUUCACUUAUCGCAACAAAAUAAAGAAUUCAAAUAACCAAUGAGUUGAAAAAAAAAAAUAUAAAAUAAAAAAUAAAAUACAAUUCUCAGAAAUUAAUCUUUCAUUUGACUGGGUAGCUAGAAUCAUCUCUCACUAUCCUUUUAUCAAAAAUAUAAUUGAAUUGAAUAAUCAUUGUUAGAAGCUCGCCUUCGUGUUACUUAAUUGCAACCAAAAAAAGAUCUACAAGUUUAGUUUUUUAUUUUCUUGAUUGAAUUCAAGGGUUCUCAAACUAUUCUGUGUAUAUUAUUUCGUUUUCAGUGAUUCCGGGAUGACUAGCGUAUCCAAAAACGGAUAAAUAAACGCUUCGGACUUUUCAUGUGCACGAUUGAGGGUACCUACUUUCAAAAAUCAUGUAACGAAGUAAAUAUGAUGAUAUCAAUUUUGCAAUUUGACCAGAAGGCCCCUAUGUUGAUUGCAAAAUAUACAAUGCGAAGAAUUUUAGAAAGCAGUAACAGAGUUCAGUUUCACUAACUUUUUCAAACGCGCAUAAACUGCCUGGUGCAAGAACCUUUACAAUACUACACACUCUGAUACGUGAAUUUGAUGCACUUAUAUUUUAAUUAGCAGCGUUUGAUGAUAAAUAAAAUUUUAAUAGCUGCGAUUUGACCGGAUAUGUGCAGGUUCGAUAAAUAUUUAAUUUUUCUCACAAAAAACCAUGAUGAAAAUGGAAAUAGAGAUUUUUUUUUCUUAUCUAAAAUAUUUCAACUGCAAAUACAAAAGUCACACUUGCGAAAACAUUCGACUUUGGAAAAAAAUCCUUCGUCGACUGUCUAAAAUUAUCUAAACUCUUCAGAACCUGAACAUUCAUAAAUCUUAGUUUGAUGAUGAUUCUUGCAGAGGCGAUUUACGGUUUGUGCAAGAAGAAAGCAUGAUAAAUAGUCCGUAGUAUAGGGAAACAAAGCAAAUAAAAACAAGACAAAAGUUGAAAAAUAAUAACAAUAAUAAUAAUAAUAAUAAUGAUAGUAAAGUUAAUAACGAUGGGGAAACUCAUGAAUGAGGAGGUACCUAACACGCCUCCCUCUAAAAGCCAAAGAUUGAGUAUUUAAUGAAAAAUUCGUGUUUAAAAUAUGCUACCAGGCAGGGCAGCGGUUCAAAUUAUAGAAAGAAAAGUGAAUUGUAAUUUAAUGAAACAAAGAUAGAUAGUGCAUGUUUGGAAGAAUACUGUUACAACUAUGAAAAAAAAAAAAAAUAAUCCAUAUCCGUAUGUAAGUCGACAAGCAUUGCCAUUAGUUAUCUAAAGUUGUAUGAAAAGUUGAUUUAAAGAGAAAAGAAAAAAAAAAGAAAUAAAUAAAACUGUUGCAUAAUUCAAAGGAUAAAAAAAAUUAAUAACAAUCUCCCACGUAUUGUAAUUUAGAAAAGAAAAAGUCACUACAAUUUUUGAAGCCCAACUAUCACGAUUCUUGGCUUGAAUGAUCUGAUAUAAUUGACCCACCUAUUUUAUUAGAAUGAAAGAUUUUCAUUUACAAUUCAUAAUAUUAUACAACGAUAUUUUGCAUCGAGUUUCACGCUUUGUACAAAUAAUUGUUGUAGUUCUUGUUACGUAUGAUAUUUUCAGUAUGUUUGAGAUCAGUAAAACAAUUAGACGAGCAAAGAUCUAAUACUUUAUUAAAAAAAAUAAUAUAAAAAAUCGACAAAAAAAAUAAAAUAAAAUAAAAGCUUUGCAGUGCAAGUGCACAAAAGAACUUAAUUUUUUUUUUUUUUUAUCGGCAGUAUUCUUAACAAAUUUGCAAAAUGUACAGUGUAUUUGUUAUCAGUUUUUGGUUUACAUUUUUCCAUAGAAUCCUAUUAAUUUAUGUUCAAGUAAACGGUACAUUAAACGUACAUAAAUACACUACUGCACCAUAGCUAUGAUAAUAUGGUUGAAAAAAAAAAGAAAAGAAAAACGAAUGAUUAAUUUGAAAUUAAUAUAAGUUAUAGGUAUAGGUUAUAUAGAGUAUUAGCUUGUAAUGAAGUUAAGUAUAUGUAAAAUGUACGAUAAUGGAUGCGUCAAUAAAAAUCAAUUAUUUUUAAGAUGAA